AUGCUGAGCUCAGGCCUCCUCCCCCUCCUCCUCCUCCUGUUGCUUGCAGCGAUGGAGCUGAGCUGGUCCUUUACAGAUGAGCAGAAGAAGCUGAUUGUGGAUCUGCAUAAUCAGUAUCGCUCUCAGGUUUCCCCUUCGGCUGCCAACAUGCUGAAAAUGAGCUGGGAUCCAGAACUGGAAGCUUUGGCCAAAGACUACGCAGAAAAAUGCAUCUGGGAGCACAACAAGGAGCGGGGCUGGCGAGGCGAGAACCUUGUUUUCAUGUCUGGUGACCUGAAUAUAAAGGAAGGAGUGGAUAUCUGGUACGAUGAAUACCAGUAUUAUAAUAUGACUACAUCAGAAUGUGAGGAAGGACAGAUGUGCGGUCACUAUACCCAGGUUGUUUGGGCAACCAGUGAGCGAGUUGGCUGUGGAACUGUGUUCUGUGACACCCUGAAAGCUGAAAAUAGUACCGAUGUGCAUUUGGUGGUCUGCAACUAUGCACCUCCGGGGAAUAUAAAAGGACAUAAACCAUACAAGGAAGGAGCUCCAUGUUCCAUGUGCCCAGAUGACUACACCUGUAAGAACAAUAUCUGUGAAUCCAGCACUGAUGAAGCCACUGCAUCCCCUGAGCCCAGAGGACCGGAUCCAACUGCUAGCCUGACAGCAAGUCCAGCCCUUCAAGCUGCCACAACAGGUCCAGCACUCGCCACCUCAGAAAGUCCCCAGUCUGUCACUGAAGGGACAUCCUCUUCCCUAGAGCCAACUUCAGAAAUGGACCUUAAAACAUCUCCAGAGUUGCAGAGAGACUCAGGAGGGCCUGAUGCCUCUUUGGUGACAACAGAGGCUGUGCCUUUUUCAGGCUCGGACUCUACCUCCCCAGAAACAGAAACUAAGCAAGUCAUCUCCUCAGAAGUUCCUUCACCUGAUGGCUUAACCACUUCCAAAGCCAGCAUAAGCCAUUUUGACCAGCCUCUAACUACCCUUGCACCCAUGCGUUCUACACCAAAGCCACCUUAUAGUCCCAAGCCACCCUCCCUCCCUAAACUACCCUCCACAACUAAGCCACCCUCCCUCCCUAAACCACCCCCCUACCCUAAGCCACCUCCCAUCUCGAAGGCUCUUGCAGUCUCUAAAACACUGGCACGCCAUCGUCUGUUAGCCUAUUCCAAAGCAAUAAACAGGCAGAGCAAUGCUAUUCAGUCCUCUGCAGGUAAGGCAGGCUCAGUGUCUGUUUGUCUGCCCUGCCUGGGAUGUAAAAAAGUUAGCCAACCUGAAGAAAUAAAGACUGCUCUUAAAGAGCUGACCUUCAACUAUCCCUAUGCUCCUUGCUUUUCCUCACUUCCCCGAUGGCAGAGGCAUAGCAAGUGUAGCUGGUGUGGUCACACGUGGGGCAAUGCUCUUAGGAAGGCCAGGCCUUAUUGGCUCAAUAGUUUAUAGCAGUACGUAUGAAACCUUAUGUAUUUAUAUGCAGAGCCCUCCAUCUUCUUUGUGCAUGCAUGUGUAUGUGUGUCCAUGUGCAUGCAUAGAUAUUCUCCUUUCUGCACUUUUAUGACUAUGCCAGUCUGAU